UUCAGUCGAUUCGGCGUAACUUUGAUGUGCGACCGACGGAUACACCGAAAGGCACCAUAUACAAACUAACUAUCAAGACCGGUGAUAGAGAUAGGAUAAUGCUUCUGGAGGAAGAUGUAACUAUUCGGUUCUACAGCAAAGAAAAUGUAAAAUCUCACGAUUUCGUUGUUCGAAUCAGUGACCUGAACAUUGAUCGAGUCAAAGAUUUUAAAUUCGUGAUCGAGAACACUAGCUUUGGUGAGCCAACGUACAUCGAGCUUCAACGGGAGAACAAAUGGCUGCGACACAGUAGGUGGCUCUGUGACUAUGUCAAGCUGACGAAAGUCAACUCCGAUGACGUUUACAUGUUCCCAAUCAACCGCUGUGUUUUGGUGGGAGCACCUUUAAAAUUGAAGGAGUACGACACAUCCUUGCCGCAGGAAGAUGCUAACUCUGAACAAAGACAAACAGAGCUGAAGAGAAAAGAAAUUUCCUAUGGCUGCUAUAAGAACAGAAAAACGGAAAUGAUCAUGGUUCGCCGUCUCCCCUACAGUGAAGCGUUCUCAUAUCGUUACCAGUGGGACAUCGAUACAGAAGCCUUCAAACUGAUCGCCAAAUCAGCAUGGUUAGAAUUGUCAGCAGGGAAAUGUGAAACCAUUGAGGACAUCGAAAAACUCUACAGACCACCACUGCUCCCAAUACCAGAAGGGAUUCAUCGUUGGAAAUCAGAUCGACAUUUCGCCAACCAACGACUAACUGGCUGCAAUCCUGCCAUGAUCCGACUGUGCAAUCGGAUACCCGAGAAUUUCAAAGUUGACAUCAAGAUGUUGGAGAGCACAUUUCUGGAAGGAUCAACGAUCGAUGACGUCAUCAAGGAGAACAGACUCUUCAUCGUUAAUCAUGAGAUACUCAAGAAUUUGCCUGUAAAGGAGGGCGGAAAUAUGGUUGCUCCUUUGGCACUUUUCUUCGUCAAUAAGGAUGCUAAUUUGAUGCCGAUAGCUAUUCAGCUCUUUCAAGAUCCUGCACCGACCAAUCCGGUGUUUUAUCCCACUGAUCCUAAGUAUACUUGGCUGAUGGCGAAGUGCUACUUCAACAUGGCCGAUGCGUCUGUCCACGAAGCUUCCUCUCAUUUAGGUUUCACUCACCUGAUUGGUGAAGUCAUCGUCAUAGCAACCAAUCGUUGUCUUUCACCAUCUCAUCCUAUCUACCGUCUUCUAGCACCACACUUUCUCUACCUUCUGGCAAUCAACAAGGCCGGUUUGGGACCUUUACUUUCACCACAUGCAUGGGCGGAAAUCCCCAUGCUUGUCGGAAGUGGUGGCCUAUCCGAGAUCAUCAAACGAAGACAGGCAACUUGGCGACUCGACGUAGAGGGCUCCCUUCUGGCAGAUCUCGAGGACAGGGGCGUUGCUGAUUCCGAAGUGCUGCCGAAGUACUACUAUCGCGAUGAUGCCUUACGGCUGCACGGGGCGAUAUCCAGAUACGUUAAACAGAUAGUCAAACAGUAUUAUGAUACUCCGGAGAAAAUUGUUGAUGACUAUGAAUUGCAAGACUGGGUAGCAUUUAUGGCAAGUCAGGAUAAUGAAGAUGACAUGGUGGGUUCAGGAGAUGGCGCCGGAACCAAGGGAGGUAUAAAGGGACUCCCACACGACGGUCAUUUCGAAACAGCGAAAGAGAUCUCUGACGUAGUGACCAACUUCAUUUUCAUCUUCAGCGCUACUCACGCUGCGGUCAACUUUGGCCAGUAUGACAACUAUGCUUUCCCACCGGCCUAUCCAGGAUGGAUAAAUGGUCAACCACCACAGGACAAGACGCCUUUAACAGAGAAGGAUAUCAUAGCCAAAUUGCCAAACAAAAAGAGAAUUCUCAAGACAAUGAGUGUCACCAGGCUGUUGAGCAUGCAUGAUACCAAACCAUUGGGGGAUUUCGAGGUGCAAUACCUCUUCGAUCCAAACAGUGUCAAGGCACUAGAAGGGCUGCGUGCAGAUCUGAAGGCAAUCGAGCACAUUAUACAGAGUGAGAAUAAAAACAGAUAUAAUAAGUAUGAAUGGCUUCUUCCCAGUAAUGUGCCCAAUUCUAUUUCAAUAUAGAUAGUGAUUGAGUUUCCUUCAAAAGGAUUGGGUGAAUGGGUGGGUGAUAGUGUGAUUGAGUUUUUACCUGUUUACAUGUAAUUAUUAAUCAAGUAUGAUCAUAAUACGCCUUGGGACCGACCUUAAACGUCACCAUCCGAAGACGUCACCUUUGCUCGAACCUCUGCACCAAGUCCUACCCCCCAUGUAGUAUGGAUUACAGGUACGCCACAACGCCCAGUUCAAUGCUUUUGGACCACUACCCGACUACAAGUCUCUUGAUAUAUAACGAAAGUAGUAUGGUUAAAUUUUCUGUUUCGAUUUCAUUUCAAAUAUCUGAAUUUUGCUACAUUUUAAUUCGGAGGGUAAUAUUUAAAGCGUAUGUUGAGUUUUGAUAAUUUUCCCCCAAAGUGAAUUUCGGUAUUCCAGUUCAUUACUAUACUACAUGGAUGUUAAUUGCGUAAAACAGAUAUAACGUGAAGGAUAUGAGAUAAAAUACGUUUUAAUUGAUUUUUGGAGCGAAUUUGCAUGAGCAUUUAUUUUGAUCGGAUAUUUGUAUCUCUUAUACAACCAUUGUUUUUCCCUCAAGAAUGGAGUUGGCUGACAAUUUUAGCUGUUAAUCUUCAUUUGCAUCUUUAAAACAUCAAACCACUGAUUCUGUAAAAAAAAAGAAUAUAUUUCCAAAGCGCUUGAAACCUUAAUGCAUGUAAACAUCCAAAUUCAAUUUUUCAUUAGAAUGAAUAUUUCAAAAUAUUCAGUGAUCUGUCACACUUUCUAAGAAUAAAGAUUGGUAUGUUUGAUGGUUAGCGAAUAUUGACAGGUUGAAAGUUUAUUAACCCUCUUUAAAAAUUCAUUUUUGCGCCUUUGAGGGUGCGAGAA